CUUGUGUGCCGGUUGGUCCGCGCUCCCAUUCUCCACUGUGAUUCCACCGCCUGAAAACCUGUGACGGCGGAUGACCGUUGCGCUUUGUUUCUGCCAUUAUUGCUUUCCCCGAUUCUCUCUGUUGCGUUGUGUAUAUCUCCUCGCCUUUCUUUCUCGUUUCACAAUCGCACGCAAUCAUGCAGUGAGUGCACGGUCUUUCUUGUUCUGCCGAAGAUAUGCCACCACCUAAAGAGCUUCCAGGGUUUUAUUACGACGCAGAGAAGAAUAGGUAUUUCCCCAUUAAAGGCCCCAUACCAGGAUCUUCUCGAUCUUCUUCUGCUAAGCUUGGUCCUACGAAAUCAACCCCAAGGUCCACUCAGGAAAGGAGCUCUUGUAGGAAGCUUAAGAAGAAAACAUUGAAACUGCUUCAUGCUAGGGAGUUAAAUGGUGAUAUCAUUAAGUCUCACAGAUGGAAAUGCAACUUCAAGGAGGAAUUGCAAAAAAUACAAGCAUCACAACCUAUGGUUUGGAAAUAUCAGUUAGCAGAUGGGAUCGAUAUUUGUGCUUUGGAGCAAAUGAACAUUGAUGUAGAUACUUUAGAGGGGGUGGUUAAAUCUGAUGUUUUAUUGUCAGGCAACUUGGAUGGCUCAUUAUGUUGUUUUGAGGUUAGAAAAGAGCAAGUUGUUGAUAUAGCAUUGAAGCCAGAUUUCGUGAAGAGCUAUGCUAAAGGAAAAGCAUACAAGCAUGAAGAAGUGCCUGCAUCAGUUAUUGGAAAUUAUGGUGUAAUUCAAAAACGAUCCAGAAUAUCUUGUAUAAGAUUGGGUCCAAAGUUCUCUUCCCAUGCAGAAAAUGAAGGCGUUCGUCGUGUAUUAUUUACUCAUCUGGGAUCUGAGACAUCAGGUGGAUCAGUUCAUAUUAUGGAUCUUGCUGAACCGUUAAAUCCUGAUGUUAUAAACCCCAUACACGAAGUUGCUUCCUUCAAGUGUACGCUUUGGACAGCAGAAUAUGAUAAUACUAAUCCUCGAGCUGUAAUUGGUACCAAUAUUGGAGCUGCUUCCGUGGAUUUGGAAACUGGGCAGACCUCAUGGUUUUUGCGUUGCAAAAGUGAUGUUUUUGCACAACAAAUUUUUAACUCAGGAAAUACAAUAUUAUGUGGACUGAGAAACGGGGCAAUUAUCGCAAUAGAUUAUCGUGAGAAAAGAGAUAGGUUUUGUAGCAGACUGCUCACACACAGGAUACCAUAUCCACCUUUGGAUAAAAAAGCUGGAGGUUCUAACAAAGAAUGGUUUAAGCUCACUGGCGACACGGCUGCUUCUUAUACCACUAGAAUGCCCUCCUCUAUAUCCUGUUUGGUGUCACUUCAAUUUGAUGAUCAGUACUUCUUGGCAAGCUCGAUGGAUGGAUCAGUGUGUCUCUACGAUCAUCGCCUACUUCAGAGGGGUGCUGUUCAAUCUUAUGAAGAACAUGUAAAUUCCCAUACUCGAAUACAGCUUGGGGUUGAUCCUCAUGAGAGAUUUGUUAUGUCAGCUGGAGAGGACUGCUAUGUACGGCUAUGGAGUAUCAAGUCUGGUGAACUGCUAUUUGAGGACAAGUUCUCUGAUACAGUUCUUUCAACAGUCUGCUUUCGAAAAUAUAAUUAUGCAGACAAUGUGUUUAAUCCAGUGGUGGUAAACAAAUACAUGAAUGACUAUCCUCUUGGUGCAUGGCUUGCUUCACAAGGAGGAUUAUAUUAUGUGAAUUGGUUUUCAAUAUGAACAAUACCGCAGAAAGUUUAGAUAUUUCAAGGCCAUUUUAGGGCCAUGUUUAGAUAUUUUUUGUGGCGUAUCUUUAAAUAUAUUUUAUUUAUACUGCAGAAGGUUUUCGAGGACUAUAUUUUAAGGUCAUGUCUAGAUACGUUUGGUAGCUAAUGUUCAUUGAUUUUUAGAUGCUCUUUUAAAGUUCUGCAAGACCAUUUUAGGAUAUGCUUCAAUACCAAUGUAAAGUUUAUGGACCAUAAUUCCGGUGUAAAUGUAUAUUAUAGCAAUUUUAAAUUCUCAA